AUGAGACCACUAUCUCUUCAAGGACAUACGCGUCCUUUGACUCGUGUUCGUAUUAAUCAAGAAGGGGAUUUGCUGUUCACCGCGUCAAAAGAUCACUUUCCAGCGGUUUGGUUCUUGGAAAAUGGAGAACGUAUUGGCACUUUUGAUGGACAUACUGGUGUAAUCUGGGACAUUGACAUUUCAUGGGACACUAGACAUUUGGUCUCUUCUUCUGGUGACCCUUCAGUUAGGGUAAGGUGCAUAGUUUUUGGAUUUUCAAUUCUUAGGAUGGUUUAAGGUGUGGGAAGCUUAAUGUUAAGAUUUUUGAUGGUCAUAGGCAUGUUUUUGUUAAGUUGUGUGAUACCGGUAUGUUUGGUUUAGUUUUGACGAAGAUUUUUGUUAACAUAGGUUAGCGAAACAUUGGUAUGGCAUGAUUUUUGCCAUAACGUGUGUCAAUAAGGUUGUACGAAUCGGAAACUUUAGGAGAAGGUUGUUGAAGGUUUUCAAAAUGUUUUGGUUAAGUUUUGUAUAAAUUUGAGGGUUGACUGAGAUUCUACACAGAUUUAUGUUGAGUUACAUUAGCUUGGCACGAUAAUGUCUUAUUUAUUGGCAUACCUUGUUUUAUGGCUUAAUGUAAGCUGUGGAGCAUUCAAAUAUUAAUUUUUAAUAAGGUUACUAAUAAAGGUCUUUUAGGUAUGGGACGUUCAAACUGGUCAAGAACUAUCAAUGCUUCAAGUCCCCACUGUAGGCCGCUCUGUUUCAAUGUCCUACAGCGGGAACUUGUUAGCCUACACAACCACCAAAGUAGCUCUAACCCCUCCAAAGCUUUUCAUCGCCGAUAUUCGUGAUGCAGCUCAUGUGUCAGGUGAUAGUACGAUCGAGAUCUCUCUGGAUAGUGUUGGUGCCAAUUGUUGUACCUUCACCCACAUGGAUGAUACUGUAGUAAUUGGUACGACGAACGGAAUUUUACAACAAUUUGAUUUAAGAAACCCGUCUGACGUCGUGAACUUUUCGCCAGUUCAUAACAACACGAUUAACGAUCUGCAAUGUUCGAGGGAUGAGGGUUUGUUGGUAUCGUCGUCCAACGACAGAACGGCCAAAUUGCACGACGCUAAGGAUCUGACACAUUUGAAGACUUUUAAGUAAGGCAUUUUUAUUUUGUUUUUUGUCAUUUUUAGGCAAAACAAGGCAUUUUUAUACCAAAUAAUGGUGUCGUUUGCUAUUUUGGUAGUCACGUUUUUGGCUAAAAUUUUGUUUUAAGCUAUUUAGCUGUAAAUCUAUCAAUCUUUAACUAUAAGCUUAUAAAUUCUGUUUAACAUUAUGUGACAUUAUCUUUCAGACGAGGACGACCAGUCAACUCCGCAGCCAUCUCCCCAACCCAUCCGUAUGUUGUAGUAGGUGGUGGUGAGGAAGCCAUGACUGUAACCCAAACCGCCGCAUCGGCCGGUCAAUUCGAAACCAAACUCUUCCACGCCGUCUACGAAACCGAAUUCGCUCAUUUCAAAGGCCAUUUCGGUCCAGUCAACACGGUGGCUUUCUCUCCAGAUGGCAAAACCAUCGUCACCGGAUCGGAAGACGGUUUCGUGCGAGUUCAAGAAAUGGACAAAGAGUACUUUGACUACGACGCGGAUUAUUGA